CUUCCUAUGGCUGCAGGCGACAAGGACAAACAGCACCCCCAAAGCGCUGCGAUGGGGAGAAGGGGCAAGGAGAAACCUGGGGGGCUGCAGAGCGGCUGAGCUGAGCUGAAGGGAUCCCCCCAUCCUUCCCCCGGCAGAUAAACCCCCCCCCAAAGAAAAAAACCCAAAAAGAUGUAAUCGGAGGAGGUGGGAAGCCGAGCAGCCCGCACAGCUCCCGCACCGCUCCUCUCCCCCAUCUUUUUUUUUUUUCUUUUUUCUUUUUUUUGGGAAAUUUCCGCCUUGCCUUUGCCAUCUCCACCUCCCGAGCAUCGAUAAAUGAGGGACCAGAAUGCUGACCAGCAUCACCGAUGGCUUCCUCUGCUGCCUGAUGGGCAAAACCACCAACGCCGUGGGGCCCCUGGACAGCCUUGAGGCCAGCAACGGCUACAGCUUCAUGGAGGUGAAACCCGGGAGGAUCCUCCGGAUCAGACACAGCACACCCAACCAUCCAACCCCUCCGGAACCUGAGGAAUCCCCAGCCGAGGGCCCGGAGCGGGGCACGGUGCAUUGCAAAAGGAAAAUCACCGUGUACCGCAACGGGCAGCUGGUGAUCGAGAACCUGGGGGAUUCCGUCCCCUCCGAGAUCCUCCACUGUCACAACGCCUCGGGAGAACCCAACAGCACCGUGGAGCUGGAGCUUUCCGAGCUGGCUGCCCAAAGCCCGGCUCCGGGACCUGCCGGGACUCCGGGUUGCGGGUCCCGGGCUGCGGUUCCGACCCCCGCUGGCAAACGUCGGAAACGCAAACCCAAAAAAGUCAUCAACAUCGACUGCAAGAAACAGAUCACCAGCUGCAAAGGGACGCACCGAGACGUCGUCCUCUUCUUCAUCCACGGGGUGGGAGGCUCGCUGGAUAUCUGGAAGGAGCAGUUGGACUUUUUUACCAAGUUGGGUUACGAGGUGGUGGCUCCCGACCUGGCCGGUCACGGCUGCAGCUCAGCUCCCCAGAUUGCUGCUGCCUACACCUUCUACGCCCUGGCAGAGGACAUGAGGGCUGUUUUCAAGCGUUAUGCCAAGAAGAGGAACAUCCUGAUAGGGCAUUCCUACGGGGUGUCCUUCUGCACCUUCCUCGCCCACGAGUACCCAGACCUGGUCCAUAAGGUGAUCAUGAUCAAUGGGGGGGGUCCCACGGCGCUGGAACCCAGCUUCUGCUCCAUCUUCAACAUGCCCACCUGUGUCCUGCACUGCCUCUCCCCGUGCCUGGCCUGGAGCUUCCUCAAGGCUGGCUUUGCUCGCCAGGGUGCCAAAGAAAAGCAGCUGCUGAAGGAAGGCAACGCCUUCAAUGUCUCCUCCUUCGUGCUCCGGGCCAUGAUGAGUGGGCAGUACUGGCCCGAAGGGGAUGAGGUUUACCACGCCGAGCUGGCUGUGCCCGUCCUCCUGGUCCACGGCAUGCACGACAAAUUCGUCCCCGUAGAGGAGGAUCAGCGAAUGGCUGAGAUCCUGCUGAUCGCCUUCCUGAAGGUGAUCGACGAAGGCAGCCACAUGGUGAUGAUGGAGUGUCCCGAGACGGUCAACACGCUGCUCCACGAGUUCGUCCUGUGGGAGCCCGAGACGUCAGCUGGGGACGGGCAAGGAGAAAAGAAAUAAAAGCAUCGAGGAGGCGGUGACCGGGCUGCUCCAAUGGGAGAGACGUUUCGGAGAGGAGGAGGAGGAGGAGAAGAAGGCUUUGCAGGAGCGGAGGGAUGCGGCGGAUGCUGCCCUCGCCGGGAGCUCAGCUCCUUUUCUUUCCCGGCCCCGUCGGAAGAUGACGGUGGAGCUCGGAGGCUCCCCCGGGGCAGGGAUGCGUGGGGCCAGCAGCGGGAACACGGCAGACCCGGUCCCUGUCCCCUCGGGGAUGGGACCACAGCCGCUGGAGCGUCUUCACCCUCUUUCUUUGUAGUAUUCUUGUCCUCCCGCAGCGACCGCCCGGGGAGGGAGAGGAGGCGGCUGCGGGGAGCUGGGUCCCACCCGCAGCCAAAGGGGAAGAAUUCUCAAAGGCUUUUCUGAGGAGAGCGCGUUGGCUGCAGCACCUUCCCAGCCAGGGCUGGAGGAGCUGAGCUGGGAUUGUUUCAAGGAGGAGAAGCCAAGAGCUGCGGGGCCUCAGCCGCGGGAUUUUGCUUCUGUGAGCCCCGCAAAAGCCACCGCGGGAGCCACCGCUGUCGCCGGCAGCCCCGCACGGGGCGUCCCGCACCUCCCGCUUGCACAGCUCGGCUCUGCCUGGCCAGGAGAGGAGGAGCAGGAGGUGACCCGAGUGGCCAGAAGAACCGUGGGCUCCCACGCCCCCGUUGGGACUCGUGUGGAUGUGGCGGGGAGGACAACGCCAGAGCCGAGCUCCCCCCCCCCCCACCCCGACCCAGUGCCACCCUCUGUGCUGUCACAUCCCGAGCCACCAUCGCUUUCGGUCCCGCAGCGUUGGCUUCUGCAGAACCCUCUGUCCCCUCCUGUCUCCUCGGAGCCAUCCUCACCACCCAGCCACCCCCCCAGUCCCCCUCCCCCAAUAUCCGAUCCACUCGCUCUUCCCCAGCUCCUCCACUGUUCCGGGACCCCCCAGCACUCGGCUCCCGGCCCACAUCCCCGUCAGGAUCCCACCACCCACUCCAAGAUUCCCAUCGCUUUGCCCGACAGUUCCUGGAUGGAUCCCCGAGGGCUCAGAGCAACGCGGGAGCAACCGAACCAACUCUGCGGGGGUGCUGGCCAAAGGAAGACCCUCCUGGAGACCCCCCCUCCAGCCCCUCCCUCUGUGCUUCACACCCCUCUGCCAGCAGCCGGGCAGGACCCAGAAGGUACAUGAGAAGUAUCAAGGGGGGGACCUGGGUGCCAUCCCGGGGGGGCUCCCGGCCGUGUUGGGGGGUGGGAGCCGUUCACUGCUGUGGUUCCCCCUUUUCCCCCCCCCCCCCCAUCUAAACCAAAGAAACAGCCCCCCCGGAGACCUCACACUUGUCCCAAGACCCCCCCCCUCUCUGGCCCCGUUCUCGAGGGGCUCUCACCGUGACCCCCCCCUGCAAGGUACCUUCCCCGAGGCUGAGCCCCCCCCCCUCCUCCCUGUAGAUGGAGAAGAGGAAGGGUCCUUCCGAGCCAGCCCCGACAUGACGGGGACUCCGUGUGACAAGUGACAAUCCCCCCCUUGGCCCCAGCGCUGGGGCUGAGCUGCCCCCUGCCCCCUAAUGAGAAUUUUAACCACCCCCAAAUUCAGAUCGUUCCCCAAAUCCCCCCCCUGCUCAGGGGACACAACCGGGGGAUGCAACGAGGGUCCCCAGAAAUUACACCAGACCCCAAAUCACGGUUCUACACCCUCCCCCCUCCCCAAAUCAGCUCCAGGUGACCGCGGGUGCCCGGCCACAGCUCUUAACCCUCUGUUUGCCACCACGUCGCUUGUCCCCAGUGUCGCUUGUGCUGAGGCUCCGUGUGUCCCCCCCUUCCCGGCCACGCGCUGUCCUGGUGCCAUCCCACGCAGUAAACCCGUGUUAUAUUC